UUGACUUCUUGCGCUGGUCGUAGAACGAAAGCUCAAUCCUGUCGCCCAUCAUAUCAACUAUCAAGACCAGUGUCCGCAACUUUCACCUCACAACAACAUACGCGCUCUUUGACCGGCCAGUCGGGACCUCCUAGUCCAGCACCACAGACUCAGCCUGUUGACGAUGCCGUCGAGCAAGCCACAGCAGGUGACCACGGUCGCGGGCAUGACUGGCGUGGAACAUCAUUCAAGAUGUUUGAAUCCGCAGCUACAACUGCUGCCAGUAUCUUGAUCUUAGGGUGCGUAUGCCUACACGUGAUCUUGUAUUCCAAAAUUAUCACCAGGUUCACUGAUCAUGCCAUAGUCUGGUGGGCUUUUCAUACACACGGUACUACAAGUCACAUGUUCUCAGCAAGAUGGAGAAUGCGUUCGAGCCUGGUGAUCCCGUGCUGGAUCUUGCGGCUCGCAGUAAGCAAUUCAAUGGCGGCGUUCAAAGCGAGGUUGAGACUGUCGAACACUGGAUUCCUAGAACAGAGCAAACCAAGAUCGACGACAUCGUCUCGGGUAGAACGCAUGGCCAGUAUCAUCUUCUCAUUGGUGAGAAAGGCACAGGAAAGUCGUCUGCACUCAUAGAAGCUAUGCGCAAGAUUGACGGCGAAGGCGUCGCGAUGUUCGACGCUCAUGCAGAUCUUGAGAUCUUCCGGGUCCGGCUGGGCAAGGCCCUCGACUUUGAAUACCAUGAAGACAACAUCGGAUCUCUCUUCUCCAUACGUGGACCCCGCGAUGCCUCGGCACUGCUGGAUAUCGAACGCGCCUUUAACAAGCUAGAAAAAGUGGCCCUGAAACGUCGCAAGUCGGGCAAAAAUCCUUUGGUGCUGAUCAUCAACAGUGCACAUCUAUUACGCGACGACGAAGACGGCAAGGAUCUUCUUGAAUUGAUCCAACAGCGUGCAGAGCAAUGGGCUGCGGCGAGUCUGGCAACUGUCGUCUUCAACAGCGACGACUACUGGGUCUACGAGCGGCUAAAGCAGAAUGCUACCCGCAUGGAGAUCCAUCCUAUCAAGGAUCUGCCAAAGGACCAGGCUCUUCAAGCUCUGAGAAGUUACCGUGUCCGCUAUCGUGGCCAGGAUCCUCCGGAAGAGCUUCUCGAACGCGUCUACGACUUGGUAGGUGGCCGCCUGACAUAUCUAAACCGUAUUGCCAAGCGAGACGAUAUGGUGGACAUGGCCGAGAAGAUUUGUGAGGCGGAGAAAACAUGGUUCCUCAAUCAGUGCUGGAUACUGGGUGAGGAGAUGGACGACGAUGUCAUGGACCAACAGAAAUAUGCAUCGGCCGCAAUGGUCUUGGCGAAGGCUCUUGUAGACAAAGAAAAGGAGAUGGGCGACGCCGCUUACGACCCUCAAAAGGGGCACCGUCUGCCAGAAAUACCUUUGUUUAAAGCGCGACAGAUCAUGACUCGAGCAGAUUUCAUCCAAGACUACGAUCAUCGAAAUCUAUUCACGAUAGAUUCCAAAGCCAACGUAAGAGCAGAUUCUGUUCCCAUGCAGAUGGCAUUCCGCCAGAUUUGUGCCGAACCUGGGUUCGACAAGUAUCUAGAGGAGACACUAGACCGGAUCAGUGCCAUCGAGUCGCUUGGUCGUACCCGUGAGCUCACAAUCAAGGACCUUUGGAACCAAGGAAAGUACGAGAUCACUACCAAGGACAAGAAAGGCAAUGUAUCAGGCUCUAUCGAAAUGCAGACCAUUCCCGGCACACAAGACGACGAUGACGAGAAAGACGAUGAGGGCGCUUGACGUAAUUUGGCGAGCCCAUCUGGUAUGUGCUUGACUUUGGGAACUUUGUUGGCGGUAUCCUACUCCUGUCGGGCAAGGUUUUGAUACCCAAUUCGUUUGUUGAAUGCUGGAGUCCUGGGCAUGAUGUACGAUAGAUGACCUAAGAACAAGUGAUAAGGCGACCAUGGAAGUUGGUACCUCUGCUCUUCAGUGCUUCCUUUGCUCUAAAGAUCACUCGUCGGUGAGCAGCCUGAGAUCAUGAUCAAUCAUAUACCGUUACCUUGCGCUCAGCCAAUCAGAGCUGCGGGUGCUCUUCGGUUCAACGUUGUUAGGUGGAAGCUUUGAGACACCGCAGUGGUCCACAACACGACGUACUUCAACGACAUCCAUUCAAUAUCAU